AUGUCCGCCUUCGCAGAUGGGACGGCAGGCCAACGCGCUCGUGGUGGCGGAAAGCGCAACGGCGGCAGGGCUGCCGCGGCCAAGGGCGGUCCCUCGGGCAGGCAGUCGCAGGAUGCGGAUGGAGGCGACGAGGGGGAUCAUGCCGAGCCGGAAGCUCGUGGUGGAGGAAAGCGCACCGGCGGCAGGGCUGCCGCGACCAAGGGCGGUCCCUCGGGCUCGCAGGAUGCGGAUGGUGGCGACGAGAAGGAUCCUGCCGAGCCGGAAGCUCGUGGUGGCGGCAUACGCAACGGCGGCAAGGCUGCCACGGCUAAGGGCGGUCCCACGGGCAGGCAGUCGGAGGAUGCAGAUGGUGGCGACGAGGGGGAUCAUGCCAAGCCGACAGCUCGUGGUGGCGGCAUGCGCAACGGCGGUAGGGCUGUCGCGGCCAAGGCCGGUCCCUCGGGCUCACAGGAUGCGGAUGGUGGCGACGAUAAGGAUCAUGCCGAGCCGGAAGCUCGUGGUGGCGGCAUGCGCAACGGCGGCAGGGCUGCCGCGGCUAAGGGCGGUCUCUCGGGCAGGCAGUCGCAGGAUGCAGAUGGUGGCGACGAGAAGGAUCAUGCCGUGGCUGAGUCGGGCAGCUCAUCCGGGAGUGAGGAGGUAUACGAGGACGAGGUUGAGGAGGAGGAGGACGAGGAUGAUGAGGAGUUGGAGCCGGAGAGCGAGGAUGGGGAGGAGGCUCGGCCUUUGAAGAGGAGGAGUGUGCGGAAGCUCAAGAAGGGCAACGCUAAGCAAAAAUCGGAGAGGGAACGGGUGAAGAUCUGUAAACAGAGUGUGCGUCGUGCCAAACCACAUGGCAAGCGCCAGAGACCUCGAUUCGAAGCUAAAAUAGUGGGUGUGCGUAGCAAGGCGAAGCGGGAGUUGAAUUUUUACGAAUCCAUGGGGAUACGAUGUCCAUCAAGCUCUCAUGAACGGCAAGCCGCGGACCCGUACGCUGCGUUACGCGAUCCGAUGGGUUCGGCUGGGAAGGGAGAUCCGAUGGCUUGGGGGUCAGCGCGGUUUGGCAAAGAAGCGACGGACCCGCCCCCCAACCAUAUGGGGGGUCGCGCGGUUCAUGUGAAGAACGAGGGGGCAACGAAGCGGCACGAACCCUCGGCAGCUGCAGCAGCGAAUGACAGCGUGGGAGGAGGUGUGUGGGCGAAUGCCUUGGCGGCAUGUCUGCAGUGGGAUAGGCAUUCCCAGUACGCCUCGCUUCAGGGACGUGGUGCUGGGCGUACGAUGCUCUCACAUUCUGCCCCCGACCCAGAGCUCACCAUAGCACCCCUGUUCCUGGUGCUGGUGGUGGUGUGGGUGUCAUGCGGCGGAGGGAAUAGAGGAAGCCAGCCCAUGUUCAUGGUGCUGGGGGUGGUGUGGGUGUCAUGCGGUGGAGGGAUAGCUAAGCAUAGCAGUCAUCCUUUAUCUCACUCCCCACACUUUCCCAUCCCUCCCUUUCCUCUGCGAGAGCCCAUGUUCAUGGUGCUGGGUGUGAGCCCCUGUUCAUGGUGCUGGGGGUGGUGUGGGUGUCAUGCGGCGGAGGGAAUAGAGGAAGCCGUAUCCGUCAAUCCCACGCGGCCCCCUUUCUGUCCGCCGCUCCUCCCUCCCCUCUCUAUCCCGUCCCUCUCCCUCCUCGUCCAGAGACACUGUAAAAGAGCUCCUGUUCAUGGUGCUGGUGGUGGGGUGGGUGUCAUGCGGCGGAGUGAUCAGCUCCUGUUCAUGGUGCUGGUGGUGGGGUGGGUGUCAUGCGGCGGAGUGAUAGCUCACCAUAGCAGCUAUCCUUCCUCUCCCUGCACCCUCUCUCCCAUCCUUCCCCCACCUCUUCCAGAGCCCAUGUUCAUGGUGCUGUUGUUGCUUAACGUUGGUUCUUCUCCCACUCUCCCCUUCUCCCGCCCCCCCUUUAAUCUACACCUCUCCCCUUCCCUCCCGCCAUCCCGUUCUCUCCCUCCCUCCAUUUCUCUUCAGCCCUCCCCUUCUAUCCCGCCCUCCAUGUCUCUCCUGCCCUCCCCCUCUCCCCUGCCCUCCCCUUCUCUCCUGCCCUCCCCUUCUCUCCCGCCCUUCCCUGCUCUACUGCCCUCCAGCCAACCCUCCAUUCAUUCUAUACCGCCCUCCACUUCGUCCAUACCCUUUGGACAACCCCUAACCAUGUCGUGCAUGAUCUUCGUCCCCGCCUUGUCCUGCGUGCGCGCAGGAGGGAAUCAGCGGGUCAGCUCGUGGGGAAACAGCAGAGACGGGCUCCCGUUUGCCAACGGCCGGUUUGUAGAUGCGGACCGGGAAGCAUUUCGGAAUCUCUGGCUUGGCAAAGGAUUUGAGGCGUUCAAGGGGAAGGCCGUGCCUGACGAGGAGAAGAAGGACUUGAAGGAGGAAGAGCAGGAGGUGUACGACGCGGAGGACUUGAAGACGGAUGACGAGGAGGAUGACGAGGAUCAGGAGGAGGAGGAGGAGGAGGAGGAGGAGGAGGAGGAGGAGGAGGAGGAGGAGGAGGAGGAGGAACAGUGGGGGCAAGAGCGGAGGAAGAGCAAAAGGCACAAGAGAUGCAAAAGCAGGGGAGGCAAGAGGGAUGAGCAAGAGGAUGAGGAUGAGGAAGAGGAGGAGGAGCAUGUGGAAUGGGGGGGGCGGGAGCUUAGGAAGGGCAGAAGGCAGAAGAGAGGGAAAAUCAGAGGAAGCAGGGGGGAAGAGGAAGAGGAUGAGGAGGAGGAGGAGGAGGAGGAGGGGGAGCAGGCGGAUGAAAAUCAUAGGGGGCAGGAGAGGAGGAAGGGCAGAAAGCACAAAAGAGGCGGAGGCAAGGGAAGCAAGAGGGAAGAGGAAGAGGAGGAAGAAGUGGAAGAGGAGGAAGAGGAUGAGGAUGAGGAUGAGAAGGGGGGGGGCCAGGAGCGAAGGAGGGGCAAAAGACACAAGAGUGGCAAACGCCGGGGAGGCAAGAGGGUCAAGCGAUGGGGCGACUAA